CAGCGUAGCGGACGUGGCAGUUAUCCAAUUUGUACUAUAUUUCUUCUUUCCAUAAUAAAUUAAGUGUUUGCCAUGACCAAAGAACGUAAAUCUAUAUCGUAGAUUUACGUUCUUUGCAAUGACAUCGAAAUCGGAGCACGUUUUUUGGCAGCAAGUUAUAUUGCAUCGCGACACUGUAGGCGGCCGCCUGAUAAUUAGAAAAGUAAAGAAACAAUGCUACCCAUUUCUAUAGUGUGAAAAAAGCAACCCUGACCAGAAAAAAAAGAAGAUAAAAAACAUUUCGGCCCGAAAAAUAUAGGAAUAAUUGCAAAGAAAGGAAAAUUAACAUAUUUCAAUGAUACAAAACAAUACACACCACAAAUGGACGAGGUCGAUAUAGAUGGAGAAGAUUUCAAUGAGCUUGAAGCGAGGCUUUACGGCCAAAUACACCAUGAGGCCGUAGAUUCGGCAACGGUAGAAGUUGUAAACAAUGCGGUCGAGACCCCAGCGCCAGAAAAAGAAAGCGUGGAACGUAUUGUCACUGCAAAAAGCGUUGUGAAUAGACCUGCGAAGUCAAGUCGUGUUCCCGAUACACGCUACUGGGUAAAUAGCACUGCUAAACCAGCUCAUAUGCCCAAACCAAAUGAAAGCAAUACCACUAUUUCUAAAGCAAGUAUUGCUGCUAAUCAAAAUAAAAGUAUAAAUGAUCAUGAAAAGUUAUCCACAACAACUACCCUUGAGACAAAAAAAAUUAGUGACCAGAGUAAAAAAAAUGAGACAGACAAUGUCCGAAAAGUUCAAAGUCAGUCACCUAAUAAUGACAUUGUUAAACAAAUAGAACCGCAGGAACAACAAAGCCCUGAAAAAGAUAAAUUACCAAAUGAAAACUUCCGCAUAAACCCGGCUGCAGUAGCUAAAAACACAAAGUUAAAUUUAAAAAAUAAAAAACAAAAAAAAGCAAUAGAACAUGUCCCACGAAGUGGCCCUUUCAUGCAGCAAGAAAAGAAGUUACAAAAAGCGCUAGUAAUUCAAGAAAAAAAGAAAAAAUCUAAAAAAGUACGUAACAAAAAUCGUAAAAAACAAAAGCAAGUUGAAACUAUUGUCUUGGAAUCUGCGUCAGAAAGUUCGAGUGGAACGGAUGAGUCUGACGAUGAUGUAGUUUUAAUACCGGCAAAGCCUCCACCUACAAUCACCCUAUCUGACAGUGAUACCGAUGCUAUUGUUGGUGAAUCAAACGCCCUACAACUUGAAGAAGAGAAUGCCAUAGAUGCUUCUGAUGUAUUUAUUGAUAAAAAAACGAAAUCAAGCGAUUUCACCACACCAACUGAAGUCCGCAGCAAUGUGGCGCAGGAAGCAUCCGAAAAGCAGGCGGAGCAAAUCUCAAGUAGAUGCACAUCACCAUGUUCUGUACUAUCAUCCGACGAUUUCAUUGGCCAGACGGACCGAAGCCGUUUGCUUGAAGACAAUUGCAUGGCAGAUGAUCAAGAUUUAGCUCUGCUUACUGCUGAUGUUGACAGUCUAAUGCAACCACCACAGGCACAACCUAGCAGUACGAAACAAACCAACAAUCCAGCAAAUAAUUCCCCAUCAGAUGAUGUUAUGUGCACUGGUCAGUUCACCGUUUCCUUCUUGAAUUCAGCAAAUAAAAACACCGAAGCAUUAGAAAAACAGAAGAAACAGCAGAAUAAUUAUCGGGUAGAGCAGGCAGAAUUUAGAGCGAUGGACGUUUAUGAAAGUGAAUCUGAUAUAACUGACAGUGUGUACUCCAAGGGCACUGUUCGGAACAGAACGAUCAUAAAUGCAGUUGACACUAGUUCUGAAGCUGAGGAUCUACAGCAAGCUCCAUUGAAUCAAAAGGUAAAACGUUUCUGCAAGCGGCGAACAUCAAGUAGCAAUCGCGGCUCUGACGCACUUAACGACGAUGCAAGCACGGAUGAUGAACUGGAGGGAGGCGUAUCCAAAACGCCAAUACCAUAUAUUUUGUGCGGAACAGCUGUUGAACGUUGCAAUAAAAAAUUGCGUAAGCGUACGCAAUCGUUAAGCUCCCGGCGAGCUUCAGCUGGUGGCACUGCCAACGCCGCUGGAAAUAUGUCCGACACUGAAUUCAUAGCCACACUGAAUAGCUUAGUGCAAGGGCGUGAGGAAGAUAUAAAUAAAGGGACAUAUGACAAAAGUGAAGACGAUGAAAACUCUGAGGAUCAAUUACGAAUUGAUAGUAAUAAAGGUAAAAGCAUCACUCAGGUUUUCGAGAAAUCUGUACCAGUAUCUGCUGGUACCCAGAAAGAUGAGCCUGACCGAUUAAGUGUACGAUCAGUGCAUAUAGUAGAACCUCCUCCGCCAUCAGCGAAUUUUUCUGAUGCAGUGCCUGACGAUGCUUUAGCUGGAUUAGAUAAGAUUUUCGAUUCAAUUGAUAACAUGGUUGAACCCAAUUCUAAUUUCAAAAAGAAACCAAGUGAGUCAGAAAAUAGCUCAGAAAAUGAAAUCGAAGUAAUUCAGCCACCUGUGCGAGCACUAACUACAGCUGAGCAAAUAAAAAACAAAAACGCUCUACCUAUCGGACACAUCGUUUACCAUGAGCAUACUUUUCAACAGGGAGGUGUGGGUUGGAAUGAGGAAAUGGCCAAAUUCUAUAAUUUGUCCUGGCAUGGAGAACGUUUUUCAGUGGUUGGAGUGCAAAAUAGAAUGGAUAAGGAUCGCAGCCUAUGGAAGAUUUACACAGAAGAUCGUUUUCCCAAAACGCGCCCCUACAGCAAUCAGAAAUGCUACAACUGCUGUGAAUUCGGACACACACGCGCUAAAUGUAGACGACCAAAAAAGCCCCCUGUUUGUUAUAUGUGCGGCGAAAGUGGACAUUUCGAGCCUCGUUGUCCAAACACAAUUUGCCUAAGGUGCGGUAAUAAAACACAAAUGUUUACAAAAAGCUGCAAUGCUUGCACAUUCCAAAAUCGGCUUAUUUGUCCCAUAUGCAAGGUCCGUGGACACUCCAUUAACCUAUGCCCAGAUAAAUGGCGACGUUACCACUCCACGACCCAACCAAAUGCACAUCCUCAUAUGGAGGUAGAGUUCAAUAAACGUAAAAUGUGCUGUGUCUGUGGUGCAAAUGGACAUUUUUCGGACACAUGCCGCAGUGCUUCACGCUUUAUGGAGUAUCCAGUUAUUAUAAGCUACGUAAAAUCACAUCAGAAGUCGUAUAACGAUUUAUUGUUCACAUCGCCACGUCUUGGAAUAGCUCUCAAUCUUCUGUAUAGACCUUUAGAUACGGUUGUAUUUCAUAUGGCCGAAAAAACGUCACCAAAUGAUUACUAUGGACGCUUUUUGAAAGCAGUGGGCCUCGGCAAUUUGCUUCCACGCAAACGGCCAAGCAAUUGUUUGGCAGCCCCUGAAAACCCUUCAAAGCAAGCUAGAAGCCUCUCAGGACGCUACGUGCCAAAUCCAUAUGGCAGAUCAGCCAGAGGAAGUGUUCAAACCAUAAGUGAUGUAGAUGAUCGUAAUAAAUUAACAGAGAAAGCGGCACCAAAUCAGGUGCAGGAAGUGAGUGGUAGCGUGAUCUCAGCCGAGGCUGUCACAUCAGGAGCACUGGAAGAUAUUUCUUCUGAUGAAGGGAUGACACAUACCAACGAAGUAAGCGAAUCUAUGGGAAAUGAUGCAAACGAAGUGGAAGUUAAUAAAGAAGUCAUAAGGGAAAACGAAUUCAAAGCACCUGGAGAGGCAUCGGCUAUUAUAACAACGCACCAAUCAGCUCAGCACAAGGAAAACCUUACAGCAGAUUCCGAUUCGAAUUACAGUUUUUCAGAUCAUUUUGAAGUACCACCAGCUGCUGUUAGGGGCGAAAAUGAAACAAUUACGGGCGAUGCUGAAUUGGAUGUACAGCCAUCCACAUCUGCUGCUACCAGGAGCAUGUUAUCAGCAAAGCGAGUACGAGAAAUGGAUCCUUUGCCAGAUUUCAUACCAAUUACCUGUGGCAGUGAUGUCAACACAACCGAAAUAGAUGAUAACUUUGACACACAGACAGGUAUUUCUCGACGAUUUGUUGCUGCAAAUACCGAUGAUGAACAGGAAGACGAUGCAGCACAAGCGAAUGAUACGCCAUGUGAAGCAAAAAUAUAUCUCACCCAUUUCCACAGCAACUACUUAUUGUCACCAGAUGGUCACGAAUUUUUGAAACAGAAAUCCGAAGAGUGUAAUAUUAAAGCAAGGCUCGACUGGACAUCUGUUGGUCAUGUGUUGGUCAUAUUCGGACUUCCCAGUGACCAGGAUAUAUUUCACAAAGCAUUGUUAGAUAAAUGUAAAGAUUUGAUGGAUCGAAUGAGUAACAAACAAUUGAGCGCCAUGAAAGUGCCCAAGCGCAUUGAUGCGUUGAUUCGCUUUUUGCGCGAAAACAUUUCUCAACUGCAGAGUGAUUUAGGUGACGUGAAUGAUUUACAAAGGCGCAUCAACAAUUUGGAGAAGUCACACACUAAGGCGAAUAUGAAAUUGGCGGAGAAAUUCCGGCGUCUGCUUAAUAUGAUAUUACUGGGUCAGGCCGGCCUGUGUGAUGGCGACAAGCAUUUGGAUAAGCUUUUUAUGAAUUUAAAAUCUCUUAUUAAUGAUUAUCAAGCUGAAAAUAUGGUACCGCAAUCACUACGCGAAGAGAUUGAUUCACACUCCAGACUGAUCUUUACCUCGUAUCGGCAUGAAAAUUAUCCUGAUCUAAUUCAAAGUUAUAAC